UCCCAGCGUGCACUGCGGCGGCGUUUGAAUGGCGCUCGCUACGCCGAGUGGGCCCCGGCGCUAGGACUCCGCCGCCGCCGCGCCCGGCGGCUCCCAUUUGAGGCCCGUCCAGCAGCAGAACCCGCGGCGUCUGGACCAUGAGCAGCACUCGCAGGGAUUUUGGAUAUUAUGGCAACUGAAGCCCAAAAUGUUAGAAAACGAAUGCUAUUGUAUAGUGACGGUCGUCCUGUUGAUCUCCCUAGAAAAAGGAGUUCUUAUUCCAUUAAUGAGAACAUGAAGGAGGGUAAGAAAUCUGCAAAACUUUUGGCUUCUUCCACAGGCAGAACAACUGUUGGGCAAACUUUGACCAGCCCCCAUCCUCUGUUCAAAGUAGUAUAUUGCAGAAGAAAAGCUCACUAUUAUACUCCAAAGCCUUGUUUCAGAAAGAAACAGCUCCCUAAAGUCAAGAGCCGUGACAUGGCAAAUAAGGAAAAUGAACUGGCAUGUGCAGCUGAUCUGCCAGCAAAACUGCCUGCUGACGGUCGUACUUUCUUACUAAACUCCAGUGAUUCUGGCCGCUCUCAAACAGAAAGUCCAUCAUCAAAGUACAGUGGAUUUUUUUCAGAGGUUUCAGAAGAUCAUGAUACUAUGGCACAGGUUCUCUUCAGUAGAAACCUCCGGUUGAAUGUAGCUUUAACUUUCUGGAGGAGAAGAAGUAUAAGCGAGCUCGUAGCCUAUUUAAUAAGGAUACAAGAUCUGGGUGUAGUGGUAGACUGCCUUCCUGUUCUUACCAGCAGUUUACAGGAAGAAAAACCAUAUAUUUCCGUGGGCUGCUGUGUAGACCUUCUACCAAUAGUUAGAUUACUGCUUAAGAGCAAAUUCGAAGAAUAUGUGAUCGUUGGCUUAAAUUGGCUCCAAGCUGUUAUUAAGAGGUGGUGGCCAGACCUUUCUGCCCAUGCAGAAAAAAUAGAGGAUGGAAAUAUUCAGAUUUUAAAGACACAAUUAAGUGGAUUGUGGAAGCAAGAAAAUCAUCUUACUUUGGUUCCAGGAUAUACGGGUAAUAUAGCAAAGGUAAUGUGUUUGUGGUGUUCCUUUGUGGUCUCAAUGUUAUACUGCCUCCAUUACACUUAAGCUGUAGUGAGCUGAUUUAUUUUGUGGGGUGCUACUAAGCCAACCUAGCAGUUGGAAGCACGUCAAAGUGCAAGUAGAUAAAUAGGUACCACUACAGUGGGAAGAUAAACGGCUUUUCCGUGUGCUGCUCUGGUUCGCCAGAAGCGGCUUUGUCAUGCUGGCCACAUGACCUGGCCACUGUACGCCGGCUCCCUCGGCCAAUAAUGCGAGAUAAGUGCCGCAACCCCAGAGUCGGUCACGACGACCUAAUGGUCUAAGCAUUUGGAAGUCUGAUUUCUCUAUGUAAACAGCAACCAACUAUUUCUCUUUGUUUAGUUAAUGUGACGGGCCUGCAAAAUGUUGGGGUGACUUUCAUCAAACUGCUCUCGCUCUCCUCAGUCUUUGUCACUUUUAAAGUAGCCCAUUAGUAAGUUAGAUUGAAUAACUUUGGCUUAUUCUUUAUUGUGGGUCUGCUCCUCAGUCUUUGCUUGGUAACCAUUUCUUAUCCCUUAGCUCUUUUGCUUGAUCAUCAGCCUGAUCCUUGUUUUCUUUUAUUCUGGACCAGCUGCAGAAGUAUCAAUUGCUUUCCUUCCUAUUAGAGGAGGGAGCCGUGUAUAUGGCUCAAAUGAAAAGGAAGAGAAGACAUAAUCAUAACAAUCCUUGAAGCAAUUCCAAGUGCUCCAAGGGCUUCACAUUAUCUUGUCAACCUUGCCAUAGCCCUGUGAGAAGCAGUUGUAGUAUUAUGUCUAUAUUGCAGAUAGAGGGCUGAGAGCAAGUGUGAAGUACUUAAUCGGCUUAGUGAGCUCAUUGUACAGGUGAAAUUCAAACCAGAGACUUUCUGGUUUUAUCUCAGCUUCCUAGCGCUGAUUCUGCACCAGCUCUCAUGAAAGAAACAUGCAUGGUUGAGGAGGAAAGAAUCUUAUCCUUGCCCACGCAUUACUGGAGCUCCUCCUUCCUGCAGACUUCUUCAGGUGUUAUUAAGUUGCCACAUAUGAGGGGGCAAUGGGGACAAGUGCACUAGCCUUGGCCCCUCAUUGCCAUUCUUGGUGCCCCCUCCAGCUUUCCAGGGUUAUAUCACAAGGUUGACAUCAACAAGGAAGGCAGAGCUAGAGUAUACUCUCUGGUCUCCCCCUACUCCCUGCAUGGUAACUUAACCUUUGUCAGUAAUGCCUGAAGAGAGGGCUUGUAUCGCGCUCGCGCUCGCGCUCUCCAAAGGGGAGGACACAGAAACAAAAGAUGCACUUUUCUCUCUUUCAAUUGCACUUGCUCAGGGGCUUGGAACAAUUCUAGAAGGGAUAAUCCAUGUGCAGAAGGGAAGGAUUUCCCAAGAUAUGUGCUUUAGCAUAGCAUCUAUUGCUGGAAGAAGCAAGGGGCGGUUUGUACAGGGGAACUGUGAAUAGUCCAACAUCUCACCCUAGAGCAACAAUUCCCAUGUAACAUUUCAGAUUCUUGGGGUGGCGCCUGCAGUGGGGUGGGGUACACUGCUGUUCAUAUGGCUUUCUGUGAGCAAGGUGAGAUAUUCAUGUAAAACACUUUCAUUAAAUUCUAGCAAUAUCGAAUGUGUAAAAGAGAAUCUUCAGAAGUGACAUUUUUGUCCAAAAGCAAAUGUUAUUUGGCUGCAUCAAUUCAAACAGUCAGUGGUUGCCUCUUCUUAGAUUCUAGCCCUACUUUGUGCAGUGAAUGGCUCUUUGAAUUAAUUUAUUUAUCUCUCUC